AUGGCGUCCGCCGACCCCUUCGACUCGGCGCUCGACCUCCUCCGCCGCCUCAACCCCAAGCACACGGCAACCCACCUCAGCUCCAUCAUCUCCCUGGCGCCCGACCUGACCGAAGACCUCCUCUCGUCGGUCGACCAGCCCCUCGGCGUGCGCCGCUGCCGCCAGACGGGGCGCGACUACCUCCUCUGCGACUACAACCGCGACGGCGACAGCCACCGGUCGCCCUGGAGCAACGAGUUUGACCCGCCGCUCGACGAGGCCGGGCCCGGCGGCGUCAGCGGCGGCGGCGCCAACGACGGCGCCGGCGAGGGCGCCAUCCCCAGCGAGCGCGUGCGCCGCAUGGAGGUCAAGGCCAACGAGGCCUUUGACGUCUACCGCGAGCUGUACUACGAGGGCGGCGUCAGCAGCGUCUACUUUUGGAACCUCGACGACGGCUUUGCCGGGGUGGUGCUGCUGAAGAAGUCCGCCACGCCCGGCGCCGCGUCCGAGGGCGUCUGGGACUCGAUCCACGUCUUCGAGGCCAUUGAGCGCGGCCGCACGACGCAGUACAAGCUCACGUCGACCGUCAUCCUGAGCCUCGCGACGAGCGGCGCCGCCCUCGGCGCCAUGGACCUGUCGGGCAACAUGACGCGGCAGGUCGAGCAGGAGCUCGCCGUCGAGGGCGACGAGAGCCACAUUGCCAACAUUGGCCGCCUCGUCGAGGACAUGGAGCUCAAGAUGCGCAACCUGCUGCAGGAGGUCUACUUUGGCAAGGCCAAGGACGUCGUCGGCGACCUGCGCAGCGUCGGCAGCCUCAGCGAGGGCGCCCGCGACAGGCAGGCCCAGCGCGAGGUCAUUGGCAGCAUGCAGAGGUAG